UUGCUUGUUUCUUUUCCUUUUCCCAAGUUCUCCAUUGUAAGAACCCCACCCCGCGUCAUCUCGUUUCGAAAGUGAUUUCUCAAAAUUCUCCAUUGAAUAAACAUUUGCAGUCUCGCUCUGUGUGUGUGUGUGUGUGUGUAUGUGUGUGUGUGAUUUAAAAGAAACACCAAAAUGAGUAGUGUGGUUACUGAAGUUGCAGCGCUACUUAAACGCCGUUGCUCUGCGGGAAAACGUAAACCCAGGUUUUUCAAGAGAAGAGUCAAGUUAAAAGCAAAACGGAGAAGUAAAAAAGCAGUAGGUGUUAAAGGAGAAGAAGGAUUAAUCCCACUGGUGAAGAAGUAUUGGGUCCAAAGAUAUGAUCUUUUCUUAAGAUAUGACGAAGGAAUUAAGAUGGAUGAAGAGGGCUGGUUUUCAGUUACGCCGGAGCAGAUUGCCGUCAGGCAUGCCGCCCGCUGUGGCGGCGGUGUCGUCAUUGACGCUUUCGCUGGUGUUGGUGGCAAUGCUAUCCAAUUUGCAACUAUGUGUCAUCAUGUCAUUGCAAUUGAUAUUGACCCUAGAAAAGUUGCAUUGGCUUUUGAAAAUGCAAAGGUAUACGGUGUUGAAGAGCGUAUUGAUUUCAUUGUGGGAGACUUUUUCCAACUGGCCCCAUCCUUGAAGGGGAACGUAGUAUUUCUUUCACCUCCAUGGGGUGGUCCAGCAUAUAUGGCAAAUGAAACUUUUACCCUCGACUUACUGAAGCCAAAAAAUGGUUAUUCAUUGUUCCAAGUUGCUCAAAGCAUAACACCAAAUGUCAUUAUGUAUUUGCCUCGUAAUGUGGACUUACAACAAGUUGAAGAGCUUUCUUGGUUGUCUUCUCCGCCUAUGAAAGUCGAGAUUGAAGAGAAUAUGCUUCAUGGAAGGUUGAAGAGCAUAACUGCUUAUUUUGGUGACAUCGCCUUCUAAACCUUAGCAUGUAUGAACUCUAACCAGAAUCUAACAAUGUCCUUUGUAAUUUUAUGUAUCUCUAUAUCCAUCAAAGUCUGUUUAAUCGAAGACUGUGUACAUAUGAAAAUGUACGGUCUCAAGUUGACUCCUGCUAUUUAAGAACUUCAUGUUAUGUCAGUUACGAAUUACAAUGGAUUAGCGCCAUAUAUGGCCAAGUGCGUACUGCUGAGCUGAUUAAUGAGGAUGAAAUUAGGAGUUUUUGGCAUUGUAUUGCUGAUUAAUGAAGACAAAACUGUAGAUUUUGCUAUUUAGUACUUUAGAACAAAAAAGAGAGGGAAAUGAGUAAGAGUUGAUUCUUCUAUGUACAAACAUAUGUAAUAUGUACAUCUUUUCUUGGUAGGUCAGUUUGAGAGUGACUUUUUCACUAAGUAUUUAUAUCUGAAAGGAAAGGAGGAUGUGUCUAUUAAUCUUAAACCAACCAAUAAAUGUUCAUGAGUAUUUUUAGGCGUAGGUUGUUAUCACAAUAUAAUUGUCAUCCAUCUUUAGGACCACCCAAAGGAACUCGUUUUCCGACUUCAUCUUCAUCUGACUUUGGGAUACUGCAACGUCAAUAACCCCAUAUACUAAAGAAGGAAAGUGAUGUACGACUAUUAAUUUUUGGUAGAAGCAAGUUGCAAUAAUGUUAGGUAUCCACCUAAUAAAUACAUAUGUAUUUGGAUUUGGUGCUCAAUUGAGCAUGUCCUAAAAGUGUGUGUUAGCACUUAGCAGCCUUUAGUAAAGAGCUACCAUUGUGAACUAAACUUUAGAAACAGUUGUGUUAUAUCCUAUUUUGUGCAUUAUUUUUAUCUAAUGAAAGUCGAAUGAAUCAAAGCAGUUUAAGAUGGCAUUUGGUACUGCAUCUGUUAUUCUGGGGCUCCAUUCAAAGGAAUCCGGACAAAUUUCAAAUCUCUGACUUUGAAAACUUUUGCUCCUUUGUGGACAGCAACAAAAAAAAGUUCCAACUCAGUUGUACUGUAUUUGCCCAAAAUCUUUACCUCAUUUAUUGUACUACUAAUACUGAUACUCUUCUGUUCAUCUCUGAUUCAUUUGACCAUCCAAAUUCAAAGCUAUUUUCAUUAUACUAUAAGUAAAAACUUGUCUUAAAUACUGAAGCAGUACUAUUUUUCAUGAGUCUCUUUCAGGGAUACAAUAAUUGGCAGACGAUUUAAUGUUUUAGACACUUUAUUUUUUUCCCUCAUAUCCAAACAUGGCUUAAGAAUAGUAAAUCUACAAGAAUUUAAGUUCUAUGCACUGACAAUGUAAAAUAUAUUUAUAUGAUCAAGCACUUCUAAGGUUAUUCGACGUAAAUCUAUAUAAUAAAUAUAGUUGGCAACCUAGUACUAAAUAUAAUAACUAACAUAAAAUAAUAUGUUAAACUACACUUAUAGUAUAAAAACUCUUUUAUAUAACUUAAAAUUCAAUUAAGAAAUAUUCUGAAGUAAUGCAACUCUGCCACUAGCAAGUACCAAGCCCAACUGGUUGUUAUAUAAGUCAUAAAGAGAAGCAUUCCUUCUCCUAAUUACUUCUACUCUCUUCACUUCAUUUUGCCCAUAUUUAUAACAACAACAACAUACCCAGUAUUAUCCCACAGCGUGGGGUUUGGGGAGUGUAGUGUGUACGCAGACCUUACCCCUAACUUGUGAGGACGGAGAGGCUGUUUCUGCCCAUAUUUAUACACCAUAUAUCUUUCACAGCAACCUCAAAAACUUUGUUCCAACUUCUUCCACAUCCCCAAAACAAGGGAAAUAUACCACAAAAUACAUUUUCAAACAUAAAGCUAAAGGAUAUGAACUACAAGAAAUUAGGAGGCAGCAGGAAGAUGAGAGGAUUUAUGUGCCAGCCUGAAGUGGCAACUGCAGUGUGCAUGAGCUGUGAUUCAAGGUCAGUUGUUGUUCCGGCGGCGAGGCGUAGAAUGUUGGUGGAAGAACAUGCAAAAUUAAUUAACAACUACUCUAAAUGUACUAGGUUAGGGGAUGUACCUCGUACACUUGGUUCUAUGCCUAUGAUCAGUACUGCUACUACUACCACUAGUAGUAGGAGAUCAAGAAAUGGUGUUGGCGCUGUUUCCUCUCUUCCUGUUUUGACUAUUAAGAAAGAUGAAGAAAAAGGUUCCCAAAUUGUUGUUCCUUCACUACUCUCUUCAGAUAACACAUUCCAGGUUGUUGUGAUGAGAGUAUCUCUUCAUUGUCAAGGCUGUGCUGGUAAAGUGAAGAAACAUCUCUCCAAAAUGGAAGGGGUGACAUCUUUCAGCAUAGACUUGGAUAGCAAAAGGGUAACUGUGAUGGGACACGUGUCACCUGUUGGUGUGUUGGAAAGCAUAUCGAAAGUGAAAAGAGCUGAAUUUUGGCCCUGAAUAAUAGUUGUUGAAUAAUAGUUGUUGAAUAAUAGUUGAAUAAGAAGAAGAAGAAGAAGAAGGUUUUUUAAUUUUAAUUUUUUUUGUCCACCAUUACACCAAACUUAACCUUAUUUUUUCAGUUUCUCUCAAGAAAUGAAAUGAGAAUUUACAGAUUAAUACAAUAUAGACAACUCCCAAUUUUUCUUAGCUCGCUCUUGCAAGCUAUAUUUGGUGUGUUGGAAAGCAUAUCGAAAGUGAAAAGAGCUGAAUUUUGGCCCUAAAUUUUGGCCAUGUACAUUUUCAUAUUGCAAUUUGAGUGCAACAAAAUUCAAUGUAAUAGCCGACUUAUUAUUAAAGGGAAUGGUUUGAUUUCGAGUUAUUUUGAAUUAGCAGGGGUGACAUCUUUCAGCAUAGACUUGGAUAGCAAAAGGGUAACUGUGAUGGGACACGUGUCACCUGUUGGUGUGUUGGAAAGCAUAUCGAAAGUGAAAAGAGCUGAAUUUUGGCCCUGAAUAAUAGUUGUUGAAUAAUAGUUGUUGAAUAAUAGUUGAAUAAGAAGAAGAAGAAGAAGAAGGUUUUUUAAUUUUAAUUUUUUUUGUCCACCAUUACACCAAACUUAACCUUAUUUUUUCAGUUUCUCUCAAGAAAUGAAAUGAGAAUUUACAGAUUAAUACAAUAUAGACAACUCCCAAUUUUUCUUAGCUCGCUCUUGCAUUCAGUUUGGUGUGUUGGAAAGCAUAUCGAAAGUGAAAAGAGCUGAAUUUUGGCCCUGAAUAAUAGUUGUUGAAUAAUAGUUGUUGAAGAAGAAGAAGAAGAAGAAGAAGAAGAAGAAGAA